AUGGGGUUAAUUUCCAGCACUUCCAGUCUAAGACUCCAGACAGGUAUGCGCGGUGCGUUUGGAAAGCCCCAGGGCACAGUGGCCAGGGUCCACAUUGGCCAGGUCAUAAUGUCCAUCUGCACCAAGCUGCAGGACAAGGAGCAUGUGAUUGAAGCCCUCCGCCGGGCCAAGUUCAAGUUCCCUGGCCGUCAGAAGAUCCACAUCUCCAAGAAGUGGGGAUUUACCAAGUUCAAUGCAGAUGAAUUUGAGAACAUGGUGGCAGAAAAGCGACUCAUCCUGGAUGGCUGUGGGGUCAAAUACAUCCCUAAUCGUGGUCCCCUGGACAAAUGGUGGGCCCUGCACUCAUGAGCAUCAGCGCUGUCCCCUCCUUAAUCACGCUCACCAAUAAAUGCUAUUUCCUGUCAAAAAAA